AUUCAAGCAAUACUCCACAUCGAUUGGGAUUAACUUAAUAGCCUUCAGCCUCAACAUGCAGUUUCUCAAUCUUAGGCCAAGACGUCACAAUACCAGAAUACCACAUAAUAGAUCAUACUGUAUUUAAUAGCUAUAACAUGAAGCUACUCGUGGCGUCAAACUCAAAACUUCUUGCAUUUUUACUAAUGCUUUGCUGUAUAGAGAGAAGUAUAGCUCAAGAUGAUUCUGAUGAAAUGCCAUGCUGGAGUGACCCAUGUUUGAACGGCGGCUUGUGCGAGAACAGCGAGAGUAGGUGGUGGUGUGUGUGUCAAGAUGGCUGGUCGGGACUACAAUGUGAAUUGGACUUAAAUGUAACUUCAGCGAUUACAACAACAAUAACAACGUCAUCGCCAGAGGUAGCAACAACAGUUGCAACGAUAGCAACAUCAUCACCUAAAACAACACAUGUAACGAUAACAACACCAUCAGACACAACACCAGCGACAACAAAAACUGCUACGAUAACAACAACAUCGCCAGAAACAGCAACAAUUGCAACAAGCGGGGAGACUGUUGCUACAUCGCCCACAGAUACAACACAGUUAUUUGCUACAACCAGUGGGGCAACAACAACUGUUGAAGUCGUAUUUCCUCCUCUUAAACGAGUCGUGAAAAGUGAACUUGAGGCUGAACAAGAAACUUUUACAGAUUCAGACAAACGGGUUUCGGCUACAACGCUUGGUAUCACAUCAGUCGGAAUGAUGUUCAUCGUUUUAGGAUGUAUCGUCUUAUUCGACCUCCUAACCGCCUGGCAUCACAUGAAACGUCUAAACUGCAUCGGCAACUUACGCAACUUCAGAAAAAUUACACUGAAGCAAAUGUGUAUCGAAUGUUGGUGUGCAAAGAACAAAAUUUUUCGACAAAAGCGCAAACGAUUCCGUAUGACGUAUAUAAUUUAUAAGUACAGAAAGUACAACCAGAUUUAUCGAGGACCGGAAAUGACAAUCGGAAGUAUGUUCAUGUUGGCCUUUGGUGUUGUGAUUGGGAAACUAAAGAGCUUUUUCUGCAAUAGGCGAAAAGUGGACAACGGCUCAAAAAGUACUUUGAUGAACAACAACAAUGACAAACUAAGUGAUCAGAUUAUCGAUGACAAGACUGGAGAGGACAAUACCGAUACCAAUGAGGUAAUGCCUCAUCUUGAAUACGAAAGUACAGAAAAUAUGUCGUUUUAUUCUGGUAUAAGAGGCAUUGGAGAAGACUCUGUUAUAAUCGAAGAAAAGGACGAAAGUGUUAAAUGCCCGACUCGUGAAGCUGAGGAAUUUGAAAGCGUUUCGGCCAUGACACUUGGUCACAUGGCCAACCAACAAUCGGUUCAGAAUCAAAGUGAAAUAACUGUAGAGUGUAUAGAAAGCCUUAAUGGUCAGAAUAAUAUGUUUAAUCCAUUUAAUCAUGUGGAAAAUGAAGAGGGCUCCGAUGGUGAUAGUGAAGCUCCUGAUACUGUUAACAAUAUGUAACAAGAUAUGCUUAACCACGAUAAACGGGAUAGGCACUGUUGGACAGGGAAACGAAGGCGUUUACUUCAGGGCGCCUGUGCAGUGAAACUAUCCACCAUUGAAAAUCAAUUAGAAUUAGGAUAUUGAUGGCGACCAAUGCAACAGUUAACCAAACAGUUUUUUUAAAAUAUGAAACGCAAUCAUUCACAUCAGGGAGUAUUCGAUUCCCGGUAAAGACCUCAACGGCUGAUAGUGACAGGUAGCUCACCAGAUAACGCUACGAUUAAGGUUAAUGCAAACUGCAG